AUGGCAUCUACGACGUCUAAGUUUGUUUCUGCAUUUUGUGUUGUUGGGCUAUCCCUAAUCUUAGCUCCAAUAUCUCCCACGAUUGCAAAAAGCAGCCCCCAGGAAUUCGUCGAUGCCCAUAAUGCCAUCCGUGCCAAGUAUGGCGUCGGCCCGGUCACUUGGAACAAAACUUUGGCCAGUUAUGCUGAAAACUAUGCCAAAACUAGGGUUGCUACUUGCGAAAUGGAGCAUUCUAUGGGACCUUACGGUGAAAACUUGGCCGAAGCAUUUGAGAAGACAACAGCAGAAUUGACAGUGAACUAUUGGGCUACUGAGGAUAAAUUUUACGACCAUAAAUCAAACAAGUGUGUUGAGGAAGAGUGCGGCCAUUUCCUUCAAGUCGUGUGGAAGGACACGACAUCGAUUGGUUGUGCAGAAGUUAAGUGCAACAACAACUAUAUUUUCACUAUCUGUAACUAUUAUCCUCCAGGAGGGUAUCCUGAUCAACUUCCAUACUGA